AUGGGCUGUGUUUCUUCUUGCUUUCGGGUAGAAGAAUCUGAGGACUACACGAAUCCAGGUAGUUCCGUAAAUAGAAACUGCCCAUGCCCGAGAUGUCUUGUUAAUAACUUCCUUCACUUGUACAUCUCUUUAUUCAGAAGAAGCGAAACCCGCUCUCUCCCAUCCUCCUUACAAGCUACUACUGUAUCGAUAACUUCCUCUACUUCCUAUGAUAACUUUAUGUCUAACACAUUCCACUCUACUCCAAGGCCUCUGCCUUAUGAUGCUGAUCCAGGAUACUUCCGGUCACGCCGUGAUUCGCUCGUAUCAAGACGCGAUAAGGGCUCAAGUCACUCUCAUGAGGAAGCUGAGCCUCUAAGAAGUGACGCUGAUUUGGAUUCUGAGUCUUUCUCAGUGGAAGGAAGCAAAUGGGCUAAGAAACUUGUCAUCUCUGGUGAGGAUUCCAGAGAAGAGUUCUCUAAAUCCAGUCGGAGAAUUCUCAAGUCGAAGUCAAUGGAUGCUGGUAAUGAAGGCGUGUAUAUAAUGUCUGAUGAUGAAGAUGUCUGUCCAACGUGUCUUGAAGAAUACAUAUCAGAGAACCCGAAGAUUGUUACGAAGUGUUCUCACCAUUUCCACCUCAGUUGCAUUUAUGAAUGGAUGGAGAGAAGCGAAGACUGUCCUGUUUGUGGAAAGGUGAUGGAGUUCAACGAAACACCGUGA